GCUUUCAUUCCACACUGCAUCACGAACAGAGGAGUGUAUCGUUAAACUUUUUACAUUAUUCACCUGUGAACAUAUUCCGAUGAAAAGUUUUCAAAUAUAUGUAAAUGUUUUGAAAAGUGCAUUUUAAAAAACGUGUCAUAGAUGUCAUCCGAACGAAAUUAAUUAUCAUUGUGAGAUGAUCGCUUACUCAAUUCAAUAUUAUCUAAUCUUGCAGUACACGCUAUGUAAUGUGAAAACAACAAUUUGUUUCAACUUUCGUAAUACUUAUUGCGUUCCAUCGAUACAGAGAAUACAUUUUGGUAUUCAAAUAUUAUCGCAUUUUAAUAUUUGAAGUAAUACUGUUACGUUAAAUUUUAUGUUUUAAGAAUUAAGUAUUAAGAAAACUUAUACUAACUAAAGUAGUUAGAUCCUCUUCAUUGAAUACUGGUUUUUCGGGUUCUAAGGAAAUCUCUUCUUCAUCUUCGAGUGACUCUGGAAUACAGGUGCAGUUAAUUAUUAAUAAAAUUUGACACGAUGUCAACAUUAUCGGAAGAAAAAAUAUUUAUUGGUCCGUUUAUUCAUACCAACGAACAGGGACAAUUGAUUAUCGUCGAUGACGGUGUGAUCUAUGUUAAGGAUGGAAAGGUUAAUAAGAUAGUAAUAAAUCCAUUGAAUAAAUUAAAAAACACACAAUGUGACAAUGUGACUGUCCUUAGCAAAAAUCAAUUUCUAAUACCAGGAUUUAUUGACUGCCAUAUUCAUGCUGCUCAACUUCCUAAUAUUGGAAUUGGGUAUGAUAAAGAGCUUUUAGAAUGGCUUGAAACUUAUACUUUUCCAUUAGAAAAGAAAUAUAGAAAUGAAGAUUUUGCUAGACGGGUAUUUCAGACAGUUGUGAAGCAAACUGUAAUGCAAGGUACAACAACAGCAUGUUAUUUUGCAUCACUUUAUACAAAAGCAUCUGUAAUACUUGGACAAGAAGCUGGAAAAGUAGGACAACGCGCUCUUAUUGGAAAAAUAAGCAUGAAUGAAAAUUCUGAUGAUGGAUAUUAUGAAAAUACUGAAGAAUCUAUUAUAAAUAUUAACAAAUUUAUAGAGGAAAUUAAUGAAUUAAAUAAUCCUCUUAUUAAACCAGUCAUAACACCAAGAUUUGCAUUAAGUUGUGACAUGACAUUGAUGAAACAGUUAGGAAAACUGGCAAAAGAAAAAGGUCUUCAUGUACAGAGCCACGUAUCUGAAAACUUAAAUGAAAUAAAAGCAGUAAAAAAUAAGUUUCCUGAAUGUUCUUCAUAUUCAGCUGUUUAUGAUGCAGCUGGACUUCUAACUGAUAAGACAGUGUUAGCCCAUGGAAUAUACCUCUCAGAUGAUGAAAUAGCAUUGUUAAAAGAACGCGGUACAGCAGUUAUUCAUUGUCCCUCAUCAAAUACUUGUUUGAAAAGUGGCCUUUGUAAUGUUCAAAAUUUAAAAAGUAAAGGAAUAAAAGUUGGUCUUGGCAGUGACGUUGCAGGAGGACAAAGUUGUAGUAUUUUAGAAACAAUGAGGUUAGCCUUGCACUUAUCAAACCAUUUUUACCUUACUAAGAACAACUAUAAGGCACUUAAUUAUACAGAUGUAUUUCAUAUGGCCACAUUAGGAGGUGCAACUGCUCUUGCAAUGCAAAAUGAGAUAGGCAAUUUUGAGGUAGGUAAACAAUUCGAUGCUUUAAUUGUAGAUACUGGUACUGGACUUUUAAAUGAUUUACAAGACAAUACCUUAAUAGAAAAAUUUCAAAAAUUUAUAUAUUCCGGUGAUGAUCGUAAUAUAAUCGAAGUUUAUAUAGAUGGAUGUAAAGUUAAAUAAAAAUAAUAUACAUUCAAUGCA